AUGAAAGAAUCUUGCAAAUCUUCCCACUCCCGUCGUUAUGAUGAUGCUACUAAAAGAGCCUUGAAGGACAUUGAAGAGCGUGAGAAACAACUUGAAGAUCUUAAAAAAAAACUCGAAGCUUUUAUCGGCAAAAAAGAAGAUGAUGAUGCAAAUAAUAUUCCCGCUAAAAACCUUUUAACGCAUUUAUGUGAUGGCCUCGAAACCUUCCUAGGCUUCGACAACCAAACCAAAGGCUACACUGGCAAAGGCAUUGUCUACUCUGACCUUGACAGGCUGUGUGACGGGGUGAUGGGAUUUUUGAGUGGUGUGCUUGAAGCAGUGAAAGAUGAUCCAAGCGUUACAACUUAUUAUACUAAGAUGGACAAAACACUUGAAACAAUUAAAAUCAGUAUGCACAAUCCUGACGGAUUGUCUGAGGCCGUUAAGGCUGUGAGCCAGGCGCUGGGGGAGUGGGAUAGGGAGGUGACUGAGAAAACUAGCGCACUUAAAAACAGACUUAAAACUUUUAAUAAUGAUAAUAUUAAACGUAUGCAUGAAUCACUUAACGCACUUAAGUCGUGCCAACCUCGUGAGGUUACUGCCAUGUUGACUAGAUGCAUCGGUGAGUCAACUGCGUUGUUAGAUGCUUUCAAUUUGGCAGAAACCAAUUACAACCAGCUUGACAUAUCACUAAGAAACAAAAUGUCCGACACCGUACGUAUUAUAGAAAUAGAAACGAAAUUAUUUAUUGGGGCUGCCAGUAAUGACGAGUUACGUAUGCUUGUCGGCACGGCGGAACAUAAACUUGAAGAGUUGAGAGACCACAUUCACGGUAAACUCAUCGACCGUAUAACUAUAAUGAAAAACAAUAUUGAUAAAAUGUUCAAUGAAAAAAUAGUCGAUCCCAUAACCAACGUUAAAGCUGAGUUGAAUGUCACUAAAGUAGAUUUGGAUACAUGGAUCGACAAAACUAAGAUCGCCGUUGAGAAUGCGCUAAAUAGAUGCAGUGACAUACUUGGAAUGUUCGAUAAGCAAAAUAAGAAUUAUAAAGAGAUUGAGAAAGCCGCCGGAGAUUUAUACAAACAUGCUGAAACUCUUAGCAUGGCAGCAAGCAGCGCUAAAAGGGACGUUGAGAAAUUGGUUAACGAAGCGCAAACGGCGCUGACGAAUCUGGAUGGAGAACUCAAAAGAGAUUUGAAGCAGUUGGAAGCGCAUGUUAGUGCGCCAUUUCAGACACUUAUAAGCAAUGCGUCGGACUUUAAUCAGAAAUUCAUCUCAACUAAAACUGCCAUUGAGACGGCGAUUGAGGGAGUGGAAACGGAUAUCGAAAAGCUCAAAGAGCUUUCAAACGUAGACCAGAUCAGAAAGCAUGGAAGCAACGCAGGAAUUCCAGAAAAUGUCUCAGCGCCUUUACUCAAAGCUAUUGGUGGUACCACGGAUUCUUUUGAGAUAUUGAAAAAGUACUUCCGCGAUCUCAAUGUUAAUAUAAUGGGCCCAUUAAAGGAAGCCAUGGGGGGAAUAGAAGGCGGAGUUGGAAGAGUUGGUAACAACGCAAGAAAAGAUUUAGAAAAUGCAUUUUCAGUUUUCAGGACACGUCUAACCACUCCAGUUAAAGAGCUACAAAAUGUGGUUAAUGGGAAUUUGCCAAACCCGAAUUUUAUUAGUGUUCAACGACAGUUAAACGCCAUUGGUGUCGAUAUAAGUGGCGUCACUCAACUUAAUCUAGGUUCGCACGCUUCAAUGAUCGACAAAAUAUUACCAAAACUAAGCAAGCAUUCUGAAUCCAUAACACACGAGGACGUAAAGAAUUUACUGAACGUCCUACGAAACAUUGCGAAAGCAGUGUCCGAGCAUUCGCAGCAGUUGGUGCAGCAACUUCUGAAUAAAAUUCAAGAUAAGGUUAAGGUGGAAAUCAAAGGUAUUGCGGAAACCGUUAAUGCUAAGAUUACGAAAAUUAAAGACGGCCUACAAAAUUCGACGCAAAAUAAAGGUGUACAGUACAGCGCCGGGGGUAAGGAUGUUUCCGGCCUGCAAAAGUUGGUUAGUGAGUUUGAUAGUAAAAUCAAUCAGGAUCUUACGAUUCUGAAAUCUAGAGUUGAUUCAAUGUUUAGGAAGAAACAACAGGAUGCUGGUGAUAACAAUUACGAUUUGGAGACCAUAAUGCAGGAUUAUCACAAUCAUGCGCAUGGUGACGGGGUUAACUCCGUUAAAUCAAAAAUCAAUGCGCUAAAAACUACAGUAGCAGAUGAUGCUCUGAACGAUCUGCCAAAAAUUGGUUAUGUUAUAGCUGCGUCAGAUAAGAUCACCACGUCGCUCUCGUCUUUUGCCGGUAAAGUUGAGGCGCUUGUGGAGAAAGAUGAAAAAAGUUCCGUCGACGGUCAUGACAUGAACAGAAAAGGUGUAAAGACUCUAUUGACAGAAUUAAAAACCAUAAUUGGAGAUAGCGGUGAACUGAAAUAUGGUUUGAGGAGUGGCCUCACCAAAAUUAAGGACGAUAUUGUUAGAAUCCUCGGCACAUCGACGGAUCCCGGACCUAACAAGUAUAACUUGAAGAAACUCCUCGACGAUGCCAGCGUUUUUUAUAGAGACGUUAUUCAAAUGCAAGCUAUUGACGCUAUUAAUAACAUACAAGCCUUCGUCACAUCGGAAAUUGCCGUAACCACAGCGGACAUCCAAACUAAUGCCAAAGAGGAGUACCACAAUAAAAUCAGCAAGAUGUUCGAAUCCAUGAAAACGGAAAUCACCUCCCAAAUCGCCGCCAUCGAAACUGAAAUCGCCGACGAUCUCAACUCCGGCGUCAAAGGCCUGCUGCGGAAGGUGAUGGAUCACGACCGGAAGGGUCAAGUGAACGAUAAUCUAUUGAGUAAAUUAAAAGUGGACCAAGUACGUGCAAAUGAUCAGUUCAGGGAAUUGGCCGACAGAUUCAAAAAUUACGCCGAAUCCGUUAUAUUCUAUAUUGGGUACGAGGUGGCCGGUCCACAUCCGGGUGAACCUGGUAAAAAAGUGGAUGGAAUUAAAUCCAAUAUCACAGCGCUUUUAGAGCAUUUAAAGACUUCAAAUAUAUACAAUUACGACUCUAAAUUCACCUCCCUCCUCUCCCACCUCUCCUCCUCCCUCACCGCUCUCCACCCCUCCCACUUCGCCAACCCCCGGCACCCGGAGCUGCUCGAUGCGGUCAGAGCGGGGCUGCAGGGGUUUGUCAAGGAGAUGGAGCGGGUGUAUGUGAACGGGUAUGAUGGAGGGGAGGGGAUUGAUAAAUUGAGUAAAUUGGUUAUUACUAAGACUAUUUCCGAUGGAAAAUCUGGUACAAAAGUUGAGUUGACAGAUGACGGCAGAAAUUUAUCUAAGGUAUUUUUUAGCAUUAUCCGCAUCUUAGGCCACACUUUGAAGGACCUACAGCAUGAAUGUGCGACAUCAUGGAAGGAUAUAGCCAUAAAUACAUGUGGAAACAAUUCUCUUGGACAGUUUUUCCAAAAGCAAGGCUACGAAGUAAAUUCAGAGGACGGCAAGCAGACCGGUGAGUUGCUGGAUGACAAAGCAAAAAUGAAGGGUGACCACAUAAAUAAGAACUUAAUUAGCAAAAAUCUUGGCAUAAAAAGUGGCGUAAUUGUGGAUUGGAAGAAAGAAAAGGAUGCGAAAAAUAAGGUGAAAACUAAACCCAAUGGCAGUGAUAUAACCCUCCUUCAUAUACUUGAAUUCCUUUUCGGACAUCUCGAGAGAUAUUACCACGUACGUCACCUGGAACAUAUUCCGUCUGCCAAAGCACCGCGUAAUAUCUAUCAAAUGCUGCAAUGGCUCAACGGGCUGCGCUAUAAUCCCAUUCUUACACCAGUUUACCUCUGCAUCAAGGACCUAUUUCCUAGAAGUAAGGAAAACGAAGGGAAAGAUAUUAAGGCCAUUCCAUCCAGCGAAGUUAAACUCUCAGCAACCAAAGAUAUCACAUAUGUGUACCUGGCGGGCAAAGCGCUGAUACAUGCUUCCAUAUUUUGCCAUGACGUGUUGGUCGCCAUUCAAGGACACGGUCACGCAGGUGGCCGCUACGCUUGCGACUUCAGCACCAACGAAGAAAAGUUGUUGUACCCUAACAGUGGUAGUGCGUGCUUCGAUAUGCUUGUCGACAUAGCGGAAAGAUUGUAUCACCAGUUCCGGUUCCUAUAUAGUCAGUGCGAGAACGGUACCGAUAGCAGCGGAUGGGCCGAUUGCUGGUAUGGCCGUGGAGUCGGUGGAUCCGGAUGGAAUUGUAACACCAAGCAGUGUCCUAACCAAAACUGUCCCCAACUGGCUGACCAAAACGCUGGCCAAAGAGGCAACCAAAGUGCUGACCAAACGUGUGAUUCGCACCCUAAGUGCGGUUUGAAGUCUCCUUUGCAAUCGUUCCUUGAAGAUGGUUUACAAGGUUUCUUGCCGCACUCUUUUACUAAACCUGGGUGUAAAUUGGAGUGUACUGUGUCCAAUCACCGCGGCCUGCCAUGCAAGACACCAAUGGGCUUUUCUGAUAUCAGUCAACUGGCAUCGCAUACGAAGAAAGGUAACCAUCUCAUACAAGUGUUAAAAGAUUUCUGUGGUGAAAAAUCUCACCUCCGCUCACUGUGCGCUGGUUUCAUGUGUCUUUUGCAGAAACCUCCGCAGACGCUAGGUGACAUGUUUGCUUUCUAUUAUAAUUAUAUAUACGGCUGGAACACGCAACGUAGCGACCAUAGACAGGGCGCAUUUGACAAGGCCGUCAGCGCAGCGCACUUCGAGAACAAAUAUGAUGAGCUCAUAGUGCAUAACUUAUAUUCCCCUAGUCACUCCGCAGUGUGGCAGGGGCAUUCGGGCGGUAGCCUCGGCAGUCUCGUAUGCACUUCAAUAGAAUCAGUCGUAUGUGGGCCAUAUCUGUAUCCCAUCAAUAGCGGUAUCAGAGAUAUAUAUGCAGCUAAAUAUGCCGAUAAAUACCUAUCAUGGAUUGUUUACCAGACUGAGACAUUCUACGAUUUACUCAAAAAAUUAUAUGACGAGUGCAACUCUAACUGCGGUCCAAAGGGAUCCAACUGCUUAACGACAUCGUGCGUUAAGGAUUGUUUAAGGCUUAGAAAACCGCCAACCCCAAACGAACAUCAUGACGAUUGUAAAUCUAUAGUCCAAUGCAGAAAAGCACUGCCGACUUUGUCAAAAUACGGGUUCGUGUUUUUGCAGCAAGCCAAGUUAAACGGGAAUGAAGGACUGACAAAAAAACGCACGUGUCAAAAUUUCUGUGCGGCAUUCAAAGAUGUAUUUAAUAAGGAGUCUCUACUUGUCGAACUUAUUAGAAAAAUUGAUGAAUUCAUAUUUGCCAUUAGAGAACCGUUCACCUAUCUAGUGCUCGCACUUUGGUCACUGUCCCUCUUCUACCUCAUCUGCGUAAUGGUUGGCAGACUGGAUGUGCUCCACAUACGCUCACACCUGAGAUCACCGUCAUCGCACAGGAUAACGGCGCAAUCACUGUUGGCCGCAGCGCAAGUCGGAAGGCUUGCCAAGAUAUCGUAUCUACAACCGUGA